GCGGUCUUUAUUGCCCAUGGUUAAAUCUGAUCGUCAAAUUGGAUUAUAGGGCAAGGCUAUGACAUAGGACAUCAUGCCUCGUCGUAUAAAUUGCAGAGGGAUCGUCCUCAGUGCAGCAUGUGUUCCUCACCUAUUUCAUUGCACUUCGGGUUUUCUUAGCAUUUUCAAGAUGAAGUUUCUUGCUCCCUACGCAUUGUGGCUCAAUGGCGUUGCUGCAGCAGCUAUUGUAAGCCGGGCUGAAGAAGCGACUUUGGCGGAUAAUCUGACAAUCGAUGUCGACUACGCCAUUUACCAGGGACAGAAAAACCAAACAACAGGAAUUAACUCUUGGAAAGGCAUACGGUACGCAGCAGCGCCAAUUGGAGAUCUCAGAUGGAAAGCGCCACAAACGCCUGCGAAAGACCGCAAAACGACCAUCAAAGCAACUGAAUACGGUGCCACUUGCCCACAGGCUUUUCCUUCUAUACCCAAUCCACCUUUCAUCCCGGGCAACGAGGAUUGCCUUUUUCUCAAUGUUCAGACCCCUUCUAACGCGAAAGCGAAGAAGUUGCCCGUUCUUGUGUGGAUACACGGCGGCGGUUACGGACUAGGUGAUGGGAGGAAGGAUUUGAGCGAGAUCAUCAAUGCAAAUGAUGGUGGUUUUGUUGGAGUGUCUAUCCAGUAUAGGCUUGGAGCGUUUGGUUUCCUCUCGUCGGCUGACGUUAAGAAAGAUGGCAUUCUGAACGCAGGACUUCGCGACGUUGCCUUUGCACUCGAAUGGAUCCAAGAGCAUAUUGAAAAGUUUGGCGGAGAUCGAAAGCAGGUUACCAUUGCUGGCGAGUCUGCUGGAGGUGGUGCAGUGAUGCUGCUUGGAAUUGCUGAAAAGGGAGAUUUGAAGACAUCUCUCUAUAAGAAUGGCAUAGCGGCAUCUCCAUGGCUACCAGCACAAUACGAUUACAACCAUGCCACACCCACUGCGCACUACCAGGACCUCGCACAGAGAGUUGGAUGUAACAGCACUAAAACCCUCCUGAAAUGCCUGAGAGUAGCCGACUCCCAAGCUCUCCAAGAGGCCAACAACGCGAUCUCCACAACCGGAACCUACGCCACCUGGGCCUUCCUCCCAGUGACCGAGCCGGACUUCAUAACCUCACGGCCGAGCAAAUCGCUGACUAAGGGCAAAGUGAACGGUCAAAACAUUCUCGUCGGUAACAACGCAAACGAAGGACCACUCUUCGUGCCCCCCAUCAUCAGCACCCUCGACGACCUCAAGAACUGGCUGCACCUCGACUUCCCAACCCUCAGCGACGCCGACAUCCAAACAAUCCUGACCGCAUACCCAUCCCCCGACCAUGCCGACGAUCCCAACGCCUUGAAGUUUGCCACAAACGGCAUCGACUCCCCCACAGCCGUGAACGUAAGCCAAGUCGCCACUGGUCACCAACAGCGCGCAAACAACAUCCACGCAGAAGCCCGCUUCGUCUGCCCCUCCUACUGGCUCAACUCCGCCUACGCCAACUCCUACCACUACCAAUACAGCGUCCCCUUCGCCAGCCACCAAGACGACAUCGACGCCUACUUCGGACCCUCGCAGCCCAACCAGUCCCCCUCCUUCUCCCUCGCCUUCCGCCGCAUCUGGGGAAACUUCAUCACUCGCUCGAACCCGUCAAUAGCGGACGAGGAGGCGGCGAAGGACUGGCCGAAGUGGAAGGAUGGAGAGGGGGCGAGGCUGCUGAAUUUGAAUACGACGGGUGGAGUGCCGUAUCAAGCGGUGACGCAGUUUGGAGCGAGUGUCACGCAGUUUAGGGAGCCGGGGCUGCAGAACGAUUUCGAUGUUGCGAGUGCGUGGAC